GCUUAGUGGUGCAUCACCUUUCCUUGGAGAAACUAAACAAGAAACACUUGCCAACAUUACAGCUGUGAAUUAUGAAUUUGAUGAAGAAUUUUUCAGCAAUACCAGUGACCUAGCGAAAGAUUUUAUUCAGAAACUCCUGGUGAAAGAUACACGGAAACGGCUGACAAUUCAGGAAGCUCUAUCUCAUCCGUGGAUAAUGCCAGUGGACAAACAACAGGCUUUGGUUCGGCAAGCAUCUGUUGUUAACAUGGAAAACUUCAAAAGGCAAUAUGCUAGAAGGCGAUGGAAGCUUUCGUACCGUAUUGUCUCAUUGUGCAACCACUUAUCUCGUUCGCUGGUGAAAAAGGUCCUACUACAGGAUGAAAGUCUGAGAAAUUGUGAAAGUGACAGUGAGGAUCUUUCACAAAGAAAAGCCACUCGUCAGCGGAGAAACAGCAUAUCGUAA